GCGCCAGUCUUGCCCAACCGAAGUUGCAUCCCCCAACGCGACCAGGGAUCGCCCGAAGUUGCGAAGGCGACCCGGCCGCUCCACCUGAAGCCUCGCCGAGGCCCCGCCCCUCCCCUCCGCCUGGUCGGGACUGUUGGAACGUUGGCGUCUCCAGGGUGACUCGACGCUUUCCUUUCCACCCCUCCGCGGGACAGGUGUCGUGGCCGAGCCCCCGUUUUCCGCGCCGAGACCUCGGGCGGAGAGACAGCUGGUGGGGAUGCCGCUGAAAGUAGUGGUGGAGCUGCAGAUCCAUGCGAUAUCUUGCCCUGGUGUAUAUUUGACAGAGAAGAACGAUGUUUAUCUCACUGUCUGUAUUCUGGGUCAGUGCAAGGAGACCGAUUGCCUUCCUCCAAUGUUCCCUCUCUUGUUUCAUGAGAAAAUGUGGUUUGAGAAGGUAUUUGAAAAUGCUACAGAUCCUAUUACUGUUGUAGAGCUGCUAGAAAAAAAUGUGACAAAGUUUCGAUUAUCUGAACUGAUACCUUCAGAUGGAAAAGAGCUGGCAUUUUAUGAAACAAACACUCGGUAUUUUCUAUUUCCUGAGCCAAAGCUGACUCCUUCCUAUCCUGGAGUGGAUCGAGAGAUAUUAAUGAACAUCUACCCUUCUUUCCCGGGCAUUGCACCAAAAUUAGAAUUUUCAACAAGAACAACUAUUACAGAGCUUCCGCUUCUUCCCAGCAAGUGGUAUAGUGAUCGCAAUAAAAUCAAGUUACAAGGGGGGCCUUCGACAUCACCUGAAAAAAGGAACAUCUCACCAGUGCAACAUAAGGCAGCAAAAAGUCGGAACUGUAAGAGACUUUCGAGGUCAUUGGAGUCCCGCUCCUCGUCCCCAAGCCCGAGAAGGCGUCUCCAGGAAGUCUGCAGAGAUAAGCACCAGCCACCAUCUUCCCUGAACCUGAGAGGUGUUCGGUUCAAAACAGAAGUGGACCACCGGCCACCUUUCGUAGUUAGGCAUGUGGAUGCUUCUAAAGGAUUUUCUGAGGAAGUUCUGUCUCCCUUACCAUAUCGAAAUGCAAGACAGGGUACCAACACUUCAAGAAAUCCUCACAAAUACCAGUUGAAACGAGCAAUAUCGUUUGAUAGUUGGAAAACCACAUCUCCAGCUGCUAAGAUUAUCAGAGAACCGGCGGAAGGCCAGAAUUUGGAUUACGAGUCACCAUUUCAUGAAGCAAAGACAUCUGCUGCCACUUAUGCAUGGAAGACCCCUGGUCUUUGCCACAGAAGUCCUUUCCCAAACCAUUAUGAGUCAUCAAGUCCUAGUGGGAGAUGGGCAUCUCUCCAGCACAGAUUAUACUCCAGCCCCAAUUCCACCUGGGAGGAGAUUAAUGAGAGAGUGAGGAAUCUGCUUACCUCUCCUGAAGCCAGGGAAAGGCUUUCCAUUGGAGCCACUGAUUUUGAGAUUGAUGAUGUCCUUGAGAGAAGGUCCAUCUCUUUGAGGAGUUCCCCACACUGUGACUCAACAGAACAGAGAUACAGCUUGUAGUUAUGGUUGGCAAGAAAGAGUGCCAUGGCUUUGAGAUAGAGCCCGGAAGAUUUAUUGCUGGCAAGGUCUUCACCGCAAAAUGAAGAUGAUGGAAAGUUCAUUCUCAGCAUGAAGUUAUGUCAACAUUGAUUUGAACACAAGUCACCGCUGUAUGGUUGUGUUGAUUAAACUGAGGAUUUAUACGUUUUGAAA